AUGAAACGGAAUCGGAUGUCAGAAGCAGCCAUUCUUACGUUGAUUACUGUAGCGGUUACUGUAGAUGCACAACAAAGAUUUAUUGUGAGUUUUGAAAAAAAAAAUGUUUUUAAGAAAAAUUACUUUUUUUUAAAUGGUUUUUUAUUAUUUAGACACACGUAUUUUACAUGUUAAAUACACCAUUAUAAGCGCAAAUUUUAUUUUAAAAUUUUAACAAUAUUGUUUACAAUAAAGUUAUCCAAGCCUGUAAAACAAAAUUUAAAACUAUUUUUUUACCUAAAGCUCAACAAUCCCAACUAAAACUGCUUAAAUUGAUACUGUUUUAGCAAAACCCAAACCCUGCUCUACAGUUUUUCCCAAACAGGUUUGUUUGCUUUUGAUCACAGUAAGCUUAACUAUAACCAGUAAAAGUUAGAAUAUCAUUUAUUAGGUUUUUCAAAUAAUUAUGUGCUCCCUCUCAACGCAAGUUUUCAAAUUUAAGGGCACAUAAUUACUCGAACAACCUAAUAUAAAUUUUUAAAACUAAAAUAACAACUUUAAUUUAAUGAAUCGUUUAACAUUAUCGUAGGAAGAUCAUUAACAUAACUUUACUAACAUGUCAUGUUUGGUCUAUAAGUAUUCAGAAAGAAAAAUUGUGCCCUUUAAAGUUCAAUAUUUUAAAAAAAUUAUUGUUGAGUCUCUUCAAGAAAAAUCUUUUUUAAAAAGCCCUCAUGUGUAUCAACUUUCGCCACAAAAAUUCUUGGGUCCUGUAGCCUUCACUUAACACAGUAUAACAAGCGUCUUAUCCAAAUAACAUGUCAUACAACUAACGUAACUUAUAUUAAACAAUUACCCCUAACAUACCCUAUAAUUUGAUAUUUUUGUUCAAAAAACGGCGUUUAGAACGACAAGACAAUUGUCAACAACAGCAUCUUCUCGUUCACCAGCUACAUUAUCAACCAGACCACAAUCUACAAUAUCCCCAACACAACCAUCAUCCACUACAAGACAGUUUAUCACAACUUUAUCAACUACUUUUCGGCCGACAACUCGAGUUCCAUCGACGGUAAAACCAACCUUAUCAACAGGUUUUUCAACAUCGACUGGUCGAACACUAUCAACCAGUCAGACUGGUCGAACAUUAUCGACCAGUGGACCCACAUCUACUACAGUUGUGACGACACAAAGUGGUACAACUGCUAAACCCAGGAUACCUCGGAUAAAUCCUGUUACUGGAGUCAGACUGAGUCAAUUUAGGCCAUCAAUAAGAAGAGUUACCAUCGUGCCAGCCAAUGAAUCAGCUAGCCAACUCAGGUGGAUUAGGGGUUGUUUUUAGAUGGAUAACAAUGUUAAUGACUUGGAGGCUUUAAACAUGAAGCUUAAAACCAAUCCCAAGAUGGAUUUUCAAGCCCAAAACGUAUUAAGUCAUUAGUUUAAAUUAAGUCAAUCGCAUUGUUAUCCAAUAAGGACGCCUUUAAAACUGCACGAUCCACAACAUACCUCGCUCACCAUUCAUAACCCUAACGCUUUUACUAACCAAUAUCAGCUUCUUAACCCUAAUAAAAAGCCACUAAAACAUAACAACAUAACAAUAAAAUCCAUUUCAGUGCGUUCCGACAACCCCCAAGACGACCAGCCUUUGUGAAUCAAGGACAAGUGGCACCACGUGUCACACUAGGACCACGACUCCCUCCUCCGCCACCCCCAACUCAAGCACCCCUCCAACGACUCCCACCUCAACAGUUCCAGCCUCAAGCACAACAACAGCAACCAACGCAACAGUUGCCACAAUCUCCAACUCAAGUGCAAGCUUCUGGACCUCUCAGGCCACGACCUCCACAACAGGCCAAUAUUCCUCAACGCCGACCUCCAGUUGUGCCUAGAACUAUGCCUCCAGCUGGUCAAUCUCGAGCUCCAGUCAGUCAGCCACCAGCUCAGGUUCAGCCGCAACCUACCCCUAGAGCUGGAGGUAAGGAGUCCUAAAAUUAGAAUAUAUAGAAAAAUUUACAAUUGAAAACACUGGAAUUUAUGCCUUUUUAUACCUAAAACAAUAUGCUUUUAAUUAUUUUAGGUAACAACUUCUAAAACUUGAAAAAUACUGUACUUUGCUGCCAAGACAAAAGUUGUAUAUCCGUUAUUACCUAAAACAACAUAACUUUAAAAUAUUUACACCUAAAAACUCAAUUUCAGUCUCCCGCCCAUCACCUCCACCAACAGCCCAGCCCAUCGGCCCUUCUCAACCACCCCCAGCGUUCCGCACCACCCCACAGCCACGCCCAGUCCAGAUCUCCCCUACCACUGCCAUUUCCAACUCCAUAACUCCACCCUCACCUCAAAAUGCUUCACCUGUACCGUCCCGAUUAACUCCACGACCUCGAAUGCCUCCAGGAGCUCAUCCACCAGGUAUUGCUCCUCCAAGUAACAGUGUAGUAGAUGAUCUGAAUCAAGCGGUCGAUUUCAUGGCAUUGGCCGCGAGGUUGCAGCUCCGAAGGUUCGCGCGACAACGACGACGAAGAUUCGCAAAGUUUAUUGAAAAAAGAAUUGUGACGGCGUUGAGGAACAUGGCUUGA